UUUAGAGGGAGCCAUCACAAAGCCACUGAAGUGCGACCAUUGAUUUAUUCCAUCGCCCCCUUCAACUAUUUCUUUACAAUUAUUUCGCAACAAUUGUUGUCGAGGAUCAGGAAAUUCUUUUGACAGCCUGCUUGUUUGCGACAUCGCUUGUAGGACUCAUAACGUGCCACGGAAAUCUUUUAAAGGCAUAGUUUUUGGUUGUCAUUCUGGUCUCGUAACUACUUUGCUAAAGCUGCUUGUUCAAUUUUGAUCUAGAUCGUGAUCGAUGGCUACCAUUACAAACAUUCCUGACGACGUCCUUUUAUUGAUAUUCCAUCACCUUGGCCAUGAGACUGAGACAGAAGACGGAGAAGACAUAGCCGCCUGCGGAUUCGUUUGUCGAAAAUGGGCCAUUUUGUUAUACGGACAUCGUUUUUAUCGCAGAAUAUCGUUCAACAGUUCUUAUCAAUCGAUGGCUUACAUCAAGACAGUUCAUACCUCACAGUCAAAUGGGUUUGCGCUUCCCAUCUAUGAGCACCUGGCGGUUGAGCGCAUUUGGACCUGGGGACCUCCACCUGACCCAUUCGGGACAAUGCAGACCAGGUUUCUGGACUUGGAUGCUCUGAUCGACUUAUUCUCGGAUACCAUCGUGGAACUUACGAUUGAAGUCACGAAUUUUUUCACGCUUCCAUCAGCUACAAUUGAACGCAUAGGGCGCUUGAAGAGAUUGCGUGCUCUGAGAAUUAGGAUCCGGUUCUCAUCGAAGAAAAAAUACAUGAGAGGACUAGAAUUCAAAUCCGAUCAAAUUCCGGGCGGGUUGCCUACCGAUUCCGAAUGCCUGUGCAAGUUGCUCAAAGCAGCUCAACGAUUGGCUACGCUUGACUUGGGAUAUUUCCGACCUGUUUGUUCAGCAAAGACAUUCAGCCUGGGCAAUCAUGAAUUCUCGAGUAUCACUAAUCUUGAACUCUCCUUUAAAGAGAUCGGUAACAUAACCCAAGAUGGGAUUGUCAGCAUGUCAUCAGCGCUACCAAAUCUCAAACUACUUGCGAUAUGGGGUAACGGUUUUAAUCAUUCUCAGGACCUUCUACCGAUCUUCGAAAUAUUUAGCAACAGAUUGGAAGUGAUUCAGUUUUCCAACCACCUCUUUUUAUACAACAUCUUCGACUUGAACUUCCCCAAACUACGCGUCUUGAGAUUUUACUCUCGUCCGGACGAAUCAUGUGCUGAUCUGAUGGUCCGAAGACCAUUGUUUGCCCACACCCCCCUUGAAGGAAUUUCUGUCGAUGCUCCAUGUUUUGGUUGCACCGGUGUUAACCGAGCCAAUUCACCUGCAGCUUUGCCACAUUUUCAACGAACAGUGUACUACUGGACGUCAUCGUCAUUACCCGCGGAAAGAAGUCUCAAGCGCUGUGGAAAUGAGGACUAUCACCGAGUGCGAUACAUACGUGUGCGUUCCCGCGAUCGCAAUAUAACCGGGAGGAUGUCUGCAUUGGACCUUUGAUUUUUACGCGUUCGCCUUGUCUGAUCUCAAUCAAUCAUGAAACUUUCUUUGAUCUGAGAGUUUUAUUUUUCAAUAAAAUGUAAUCUUAAGCGUGAAACGUUUGUUUUAUGAUUUUGUUUCUCCUAUUUCACUAUUCUCCACCUUCUAUCCCUGUUUCAAAUUCCAACCCAAAACCCAACAGCUUCAGCUCAAGUCUUUAGGCUUUCUACUACAAUCUUAUCUUCCCUAUCACAAUAAAAAUACCUAGCCCAAAAUACUGGGUCUGUGAUCUAAGUUUUAAGAAGAAAAUUAUCAAUCAAUCUUACCAUCUGAAUCUGAAUCUGAAAAAAUCACAAUUAGAUAUCAUAUUGCUAAUUUUCAUCUCAUUCUUAUCAGAGUAUCAAUUUUUUGAAGUAGGCUUGAAAUGAAGAACAUCAAAG